AUUAUCAUCGCGAGCGCGGGAACAAACGAGGUGAUUCCCUCCAAUUUUAUGUUUCCUUUUCCCCUCCGAGGUUCCUGUUGUACUUCGGAUCACGUUUCGUUACGAACAAUGCUUAAGCUCACUCUCUGAUUCUCCAAUUCUCUCAAAACCCUAGUUCCCAAUUUUCAGCCAUCAGAUCAUUCACAAUUGGGCGUAGAUUCAUGGAGACUCCGGCUGAGCAAUCGGGGAAUGUGACGGAAGUUGGCGCCACUGAGACUGGAAAACGGGAGCUCCGGAGUGUUCGCCGGAAACUGGUACAGUCUACGUUGCUUCCUCACAAGCCUCAAGAACAGGAGGAGAAUGGAAUCGAUCAAGAGGAGGAGAACAAUUGCGGCGAGGAGGAGGAAUUAUGCGGGAGUCAGGGCAAGAAGAAAAGGAAGUCGAAGGGGAAGGCAACGCCUCAAUCACGAAGCUCAAAGAAGCAGGCGAAGGAAAAGCGAGCAGUAAACUUGACGCCAAAGAAAAUUUUGCAUUUUGAAGAGGCAACUCCAACAAUUCCCGACUUGCGUCUGGAGGCCAAAAUGACUAGGGAGGAAAAUUCACGGAUGUUUGCUGGAAGGCAAAUACAUCCCUUCUUUUCAUCCCUAAAAGCAGGGAAGAAAAAUCAAGAGUCAACUCAAUCGGCAGAGAGAGGGUGUACUGUUGAGAAAAAGGAAAGUAGAACUGAUUGUUAUCCUAUCCACGUCUAUGAAGGAACUGGGGAUGAUGAACUAUCUCCAGACUGGAAAAACUGGACUUUCACUGACAGAAAUAGUAUACAUAAUGGCCAUUCAUUACAAGAAGCUUCUUCAUCAGUAUUUGAAGGCUCUGUUAAGUCUUUAAGUUUAGAUGACCUUCCAAUUGUGUUGCCACCCUCCGAUUCUACUCCUGGUACAAUUGAGGAGCCCAUGGAUCAUAAUUCCAUCAAUCAAGAAGGCAUUAAAGAGUUAAUGUCAACUGUAUACAGUGUGGAUGCUGACAAGGAAAUAAUGCUGCAUCACCUCCCAAGUAGUGCAGAAAUGGAUGAUAACCUGAAUAAAACACGCGGGCUUAGUGAUUCUGAAGCAAGGCCAAUUCUUGAGCAUCAAAAUAGAUUUCUUGAGGACAGAAUGCAGUCCUACUACCUUCGUUGUCAAAGCCGUCCCAAAAAUUGCUUAUGGACAUACAAAUAUCAGCCGAAGAUGGCUAUGGAGGUAUGUGGUAAUCUUGAAUCAGUCAAGUUCUUGAGUGAGUGGCUACACCUCUGGUAUGAAAGAAAUUCACAGAACAACAAAGAUUUUGGUGGAGGGAAUAAGUUCCAGAAGCAAGAUAACGAUGGUUACUGUUCUCAGAGUGAUUCUGACUAUGAAAGUCCAGAUGGAAAGGAUAGUCUGACAAAUGUUCUCCUUGUCACAGGAUCUUCUGGGAGUGGGAAAUCUGCAGCGAUUUAUGCUUGUGCUGAAGAGCAUGGUUUCAGGGUUUUUGAGUUCAGUGCAUCUGUUAUUCGAUCAGGAGCUGUUCUCAAGCAGAUGAUUGGAGAGGCUUUACAAUCUCAUCAGCUAAAAUGGUCAGUAAAAAAUUCCCAGGGAUCAAGGAACAGUUUUAUUGAGAAAUGUUCCUCUUUUCAAGAGAGUACAGCAGCCAAAUGUUUAGCUAGUGAGGUGAUUGAACUCAUCCCUUUAUCAGACGAUGAUUCUAAAGAUUACUUUAAAGGUGCUGGAGAAUUUGAAUACAUCGCAUCCGAAAGCCUCAGCAACCAAGGUGAAGCUAAGCCUUUAAUUCUUUUAGAGGAUGUGGAUAUCAUUUUUCUUGAGGAUCGUGGUUUUAUUUCUGCAAUUCAAGAGAUUGCUGACACGGGGAAGGGACCCAUAGUUUUGACCAGCAACAGUAGCGAUCCUGUUCUCCCUGAUAAUUUGAAUAGGCUACAGGUCUCUUUUAACCGACCAUCAUCAAUGGAACUACUUAGCCAUUUAUAUAAGAUUUGUACUGCUGAAGGAGUCAGCAUCCAACCAUGCUUACUUGAGCGCAUUAUUCAUUGUUGCCACAAAGAUAUACGGAAAACCAUUAUGCAUCUUCAGUUCUGGUGCCAGGGUACAAGAUUUAGAGAUAAAAUUCAGAAAAAGUAUGGCUCACUUUCAUUCGAUAUUGAUGCUGGCCAUCAGAUACUGCCGGCGAUGAUGCCAUGGAGUUUCCCGUCUCAGUUAUCAGAGCUAGUUGACAAAGAGAUAACAAUGUCGUUAUUAAGAAUGGAAACGACUUGCUUGUUGGAGGCAAGUGAAGGUGAAUUUUAUGACAAGGGAAUGCAGAAUGGUCUACACUACCAGAAUUAUGAAGACACCUAUCUUUUAGAAGCCAAGAAGGCAGCAAUGUUGAGUAGGAAUGGCUCGAUUCAAGAUCACAAUGAAUUUGCAGUUGAGUUUAAUGCUGCACACGAGUGUUCUGAUAUUUCAGGAACCCCUAUUCCUUUACCUAGGAAGAAGCACCGAAGAAGGCUGGAUAUAGUGGUGUCUUCUGACUCUGAAGAUGUUCCUAUCAACAAGGAAUGUUCUCUAGUACCAAAUAAAGAUGACGGUAUAUUAUCAUCUCACCAUCAGAUAUCUCCAAAUUACUCAAGCCCAUUAAAUGGGCUGCUUUAUCAUAUGGCAAAUAAUACUGUUGAAGAUCAUUAUCCAAGUUCAGAAACUGCAGGGGGUAUAGGUGUGAAUGAGAUGUCCAUGUCUGUCACUACCUCAUACGUACCAGAAUCAAUUUUUGUUCCUGAGACGGAAAUUCAUGAUAUGCAGUUGUUUCCCCAAAUGGUAUCUCAUGGUGAUGCUGGUGCCAGUCUAGAAGUUUCUAUGGAUGAGCUUUUUCAGAAUGUGUUAGCAGUUGAAGCCAAUAGUUUUGGUUCACCUACACAUACUGUACAAGAAACUACAGCUGUUUUGGAAGAUACUUGCAACAUAUUUAAUUUAUCUUGCCAAGAGACGGAAGGAUUUUCUUGUAAUGGACAUAUGGAAAACAAUAUCAGAGGGUAUCCUGUGAUGGAUGAGUGCAGCCGUAUAGACUUUAACAAGUCCAAGUUUGUAGAGAAACCUGAACUGAAAGUUUUGGGUGAUUCAGUGCAAGAAUUGUGGAAACAAUUUCGCCUUGGUCACUUAGAUCUUCUAGGACAUCAUGUCCCGCCAGAAAAAAAAGAAACUUUUCAGAUCAUCGAACUAGUUCAUAGAAUGAGCCAUCUAAUUUCAGAUGCGGACCUGCUUUCUUCCUGCCGGCCACAAGAUAUGUUUGAGAUGCCAACAUUUGUAUCCGAGGAAUCAGACUCAUUCUCCUGGGGAGGUGAGCAAUUGCAGAUGGCAUCUACAAUUGCUCAGCAUGGAUUUAGCGUCAUUGCAAAUGAUAUUGCUACCACGGGUUCUCGUGUAGGCUUUGGUAGCAGUGUGGAUAUCGUAUCAGAAAUGCUAGCCUCUGCAACUAAUCCAGCAGCAUUGGGUAAACUAUUGAGGCAUAAUAUGAUGGAAAACUCCUCCACUACGAAGAUUUUGAAACUCAGCCUUCCAGGAAACAGUAAUAUGCCAGAGAGAGAUAUGAAAUCACGCCUCUUCGAUGUAAUUCAGCAGGUAGCUCCAGACAGAUCUUAUUUGUCACUGAAAGGUGUUCGAUUCUUCGAAUAUCUUUCUUCAUUGCGCUGCAUUUCAAGAUCAGAAACUUUGCGUCUAUCAAAAGGCCCUGACAAGACAAAAAGACGAAGGGGAAGAAUUGCGCGACAUUACUUGAGUACUGGUUCUCAUCUGUUCUCCCCUGAAGAUAUAACAUUGCUGGGACAAUCUAACCUUCCAUACAAAGAUAUUCAAGGAUGUUAAUGCUAUCUUCAGCAAUUCAUUCCCAAGGAAUGCUAACAAGGUAGAAUUCACUAACACCUUUAUGUUACUAUGAUACGAUGAAUAGCUCUAGGAAAUAGCUCAAUAAGGCUGUUGAGAGGGAGGUCUCGAUUGCAUUUAGAUUAGGUUUGUAGGUCGUUUAUGCUUGUGAUUAAAUUGCCUCCCAUCAUAAUCAAGCUUGCUUACACUGAUUGUUUUUGUAACUUAUAGCAGUAAUUAAUAGAAAAUCUGUAUUUAACAACAAA